CCCUGAGGACGGGACAGCUUCUGACCCGUUCUUCAGACUUGGGGGUCAUGAGUGAGGGGCCCCGCGUCCCAGCCUGCUUGGGUGACGGGACCCCUGGGUGUCGAGGAGGGGAGGGACAGCGGGGCUCUGGCACCUGCCUUGGCCGGCCCGGGGCGUCCCGUGAGGCUUGCGCCUUUCUCCCUGAGUGCCCGAGUCCGGCUGUCCGGCUAGGUGUGUGUCCGUGUCUAAGGGACUCUGGGUGCCGUCCGCAGGGCUUGGCCACUUCUUCAGUGGGUGAGGUGGGAGGAGGGGCGGCCCCCACCCGGAGGGCCCCAGGGUGUCGUGCGCGUCAGGCGCUGUGGCCGGUGUGAGCGGCUGCUCGAUGGGGAGGGCGGGGAGGAGCCCGGACUAGAGCCUCAGCGUGUGCGUGUCCGUGUGUGUCCCCCGUGGCGCUGUGCUGGAGGACACGGGCGGUCACAGGCGCUGCUGUCCAUGCUGGAGCCCGGGUAGGAGCCAGACACGCAGCGGCGGCAGCGACAGAGGCAGCCGCCGGGUCGGUCCCGUCCCGGGUGUGUCCGUCGGUCCGAGGCCAGGUGGCCCCUCGGCCCCACGAUCAUGGCGGGCGCCCGUGGGGAGAAGGUCACCAUGCAGGAGCAUAUGGCCAUCAACGUGAGCCCCGGCCCCAUCCGCCCCAUCCGCCAGAUCUCCGACUACUUCCCGCACUUCUACCCCUUUGCUCCCGCCCUGCUCCGGCCCCGGCCAGCCCCCAGCGGGCCGGGCCCCGAGAGAGCUCUGGGCAGCCCCGCGGAGGAUGCUGGGACCCCAGCGGCGGCGAAGCCUGGAGGCUCUCAGGGCCCCCCGUGCCUGGCGCAGGAGCAAGACGGAGACUCAGACGAGAGCACCGCCCUGGGCUCCCUAGAAUUCACACUCCUCUUGGACACACAGAACUGCGUCCUGCACUGCGCGAUCCACCGGGCCAAGGGUCUGAAGCCCCUGGACUCGGGCUCCAGGGACACCUUCGUGAAGGCCAAUCUGCUGCCGGGAACCAGCAAGGCAAGUCAGCUGCGCACCCGAACUGUGCGGGGCAGCCGGGGGCCCCGCUGGGAGGAGACCCUGACCUACCAUGGCUUCACCUGCCAGGAUGCUGGACGCAAGACGCUGCGGCUCUGCGUGUGUGAGGAGUCCAGGCUGCGGAGGCGGGCAGAGCCCCUGGGGGAGCUGCGGGUGGCCCUGAAGAAGCUGGUGCCCGGCCUGCCCCGGAGCUUCGACAUCUGCCUGGAGAAGAGGCGCCUGACCAAGAGGCCCAGCAGCCUGGACACUGCCCGGGGCAUGUCCCUGUACGAGGAGGGCGAGGUGGAGGCGGCCGGAGAGGAGCGAGGCCGGAUCCUGCUGUCCCUGUGCUACAGCUCUCAGCGGGGAGGCCUGCUGGUCGGGGUCUUACGCUGCGCCCACCUGGCCCCCAUGGACGCCAACGGCUACUCAGACCCUUUCGUGCGCAUUUUCCUCCGCCCAAAUGUGGGCAAGAAGUCCAAAUACAAGACGACUGUCCGGAAGAAGACCCUGAACCCCGAGUUCAAUGAGGAGUUCUUCUACGCGGGGCAGAGGGAGGAGCUCGCCCAGAAGACCCUGCUGGUGUCCGUGUGGGACUACGACCUGGGCACGGCCGACGACUUCAUCGGCGGGGUACAGCUGAGCAUCAACUCCACCGGGGAGAAGCUUCGGCACUGGAGCGAGUGUCUGGCCCGCAGUGACCGGCGCCUGGAGCUGUGGCACCCGCUGGACGGAGCCCCCCCCCAGCUCGGAGACUAGCCGACCUCACGGCCUCCCCUCUGGGGGCGCAGCGGGGGGGGGGGGUCCUUGGGGGCUGGGCAGGACGCAGCAGGGCCAGUCCUGGCUUUCUCCUCCUGUCUCUCCCCUUCCCCAAUAAACACUGGUUCAGAGCA